AUGGACAUACCAACGGAAACGCCAGCAUCGAGUUCAUCAUCAUCUGAUGGAAAAGAGGAACGCUACUUGGUACUGAUUGAAUUUGCCUACCGACAUCUUGACUUUCAAAUAGCCGAGAUUGAAUCCGUCUUGGAUAUGCACGGUAUCCAAUUAGGAAGUCCUGACUGCAGAGUGUACCCACUACCAGGACAAGACGAAACAGGAAGGACAACCCCUGCCUCAUCCAACCCCGAGCUUCGACGACCCUACCUCAUUCUUUCCUUUCCCGCCAAGGAUGCUUCGAAACUUUCCGACAAUAGCAACAGCGUGGACCGAUGGGGUCUGGUAACACGGGCCACCAACGAAAAUGCUAGCAUUGCCGAAAUCUUGUCACGAUGUACACUCGUCAAGACCAUUGUCGAAUUGUGGGGUGCGUCAACGUCAUCCUUGGACACGUGUGCCAAGGAAUGUGGAGAAUGGAUCAAGAAUACAAAGGUUGGACAGUCCAUAUUUGCCAACGUUGCGGGGGAACAAGAGAGUUGGAAGCUGACGGUCCACACACUGGGAACAAAGUAUACACGAGAAGAACAAGCAGAAAUGAGAGACAAGUUUUCCUAUUUGGGCUUUCAAGGACCCGUCCAAAUGAAGGAACCCAACCAUGAAUACGUUCUGAUACGAGAAGUGGAAAUGGAUGGCAAGGGAUCUCCCUUGCAUCCUCGUCACGGCAUUGAUAAGAAUGUUAUUCCAGAGCAUGAUAAACUACCGCCAUUGGGACUCUAUUUUGGCCGCCUGCUGGGCGGCAAAUCCAAAAAGGGCCGAGGUGGAUUGGAACAAUAUAACCUCAAAAACCGAGUCUACCUGGGUCCCACCAGCAUGGAUGCCGAACUUUCCUUUGUCAUGACCAACUAUGGUCAAGUCCAGAAGGGAUCAGUCGUCUUUGAUCCAUUUGUGGGGACGGGUUCUAUAUUGUUAUCCUGCGCCUUACGAGGGGCCUAUUGCAUGGGAUCCGACAUUGACAUUCGGGUCUUGAAAGGGCGCAACAAGGAAGAAACCAUUUGGAAGAAUUUUGAUCAGUACCAUUUGAGGCGGCCGGAACUUUUGAGGACCGACAAUGCUAUCUAUCACCGACACUUUCGACGACACCAGCCACUCUACGAUGCGAUAGUGUGCGAUCCACCGUAUGGAAUCCGGGCAGGAGCCCGCAAGACGGGGUCUCGCAAAGAUACACCUCGACCCAUUCUAGAGGAACACCGACACGAUCACAUUGCACAAACCAAACCUUAUCCCGUAUCAGAUGUCAUGUCGGAUUUGUUAGAUGUAGCGGCGCGAACCUUGGUAAUGAGUGGACGAUUGGUGUAUGUGAUACCUUCCUUUCAUGAAUUCGAUCCGCACACUGACUUGCCGCGACACGAGUGUUUGAAGUUAGUCCAUUCUUGCUAUCAACCGCUCCAGGCCGAAUUGGGCCGUCGAAUUGUGGUCAUGAAGAAGAUAAAGGAUUAUGAUUUCUCCAAGCGAGAUCACUACAUGUCGAAUAUUUGGGUCAAUGGGACGGAAAGUGCCGAGAAGUGUGCCAACUUACGGGAUAAGAUUCUGGAAGCCGCCAAGCAAAAGCCUGAUUACGAGCGCAAGGCAGCUGUGCGACGACAAAAGCGAAAGGUACUCAAGGAGGAAAAGAAGGCGGCCAAGAAGAAGAAGAAGAAGAGAUUGGGCGAAGACAAUGAUGAAGUGGAAGAGACACAAUCAUAG